GGCACAGCAUGCAGCACGGCUCCCCGGCACGGGCGGCGGCUGACAGGAUGGACGUGAGAGGAGGUAGGGACGGCACAGCCAUGGACGGGGUCGGCGCACCACCAGUCAGACCAGCGUCUCUGUGGACUGAGCGGACUGCUGACCGGGCUCAUCUCUCGUGCCGCCGCGGGCCGCAGUGCAGUGACUGGCGCGGAGGGCCGUUUUGCCGUUAGCCCCUCGCCGCCUCCCGCUCCGUUCGGCAGUGCUCAGAUGCAGCGGUCACGCAGUCCGAUCACCAGUCCGCGGUCCGCGGCCACCCAGUGCCCGAGCCUGACUACAGAACGCCGCAUUUGUGGUCUGCGGCGACCGGCCAGGACAGUCAGGACAGGAGCAGUGCAGUGACCGGCCAGGACAGUCUGUAGUGCAGUGCAGUGACCGGCCAGGACAGUCUGUAGUGCAGUGCAGUGAACGGGCAAGACAGUCUGUAGAGCAGCAGUGACCGGUCGGUGUGGCAGCCGGCAGUGCAGUGCAGUGCAGUGCAGUGACCGGUCGGUGUGACAGCCAGCAGUGCAGUGCAGUGCAGUGAAUGGUCGGUGUGGCAGCCGGCCAGCAGCAGCAGUCACAGUCGGCCGGUGUGCUGAGCUGAACCCACAAUGAGGACACCGCUGAUCCCCGUGGUCCUCCUCUCUCUGCUGGUGGCCGGAUAUCGGGUGACAGCGACUGUGGCCAGUGACCGGUCCCCGGCGGCCAGUGGCCGGUCCCCGGCGGGCAGUGACCGGUCCCCGGCGGCCAGUGACCGGUCCCCGGCGGCCGACGCGGCGGCGCUGCACCAGCUGGCCGCCCUGCUCAGUCCCGCGCACGUCUCCGCCUCCUGCCCCCGCAUCCUCACCUUCGGCGGCAACUGCGAGUGCAACUACCGCGAGCCGGCCAGCGGCCGAGACGCCGACAUCCGGUUCGACAUGCACCUGUACGGCCAGCGGCGCGUCUGUAUCGGCGCCGGCUACCUGGGCGCUCCCGGCCGGCCGUGCCGCGUGCUCUCCGUGCAGCGCGGCCGCUUCAACGGCGACCCGGGGGCGCUGGCCCGGCAGCUGGCCGAGUUCGGCUGCGCCGCCGGCGGCCACCGCACGCUGUACACGGAGAGCGCGGCGGCGGCGCGGCGCUUCUCGCUGCGCCGCCAGCUGCAGCAGCUGGGCGGCUCCCGGCUGGACCUGCUGGACGUCUCGGUGCCCGGCAGAGACGCCGACGUGCUCUGGGACCUGCUGCGGCCCGGCGCCAAGGUCUCCGCCGACCAGGUGGCGCUCACCGUCGUGCUCGACGAGAACGCCGUCCUCGGCGAGGAGGCGGCGCGCUCGUCAUUCAGCCCGGCCGUGGCCAGGGGCUACCUGAAGAUGCUGACGCGCCUGGAGGCGCUCGGCUAUCGCCUGCUCUCCUUCAAGCCGCACCCCUCGUGUGUGGAGUCGGUGCGCCGGGAGCUCGACAUCUGCCUGCCCAUCCUCUCCAACACUGUCUGGAUCAAAUAGCGCUGUGAAUAAAGGGCGUGCUUGUC